CAACAUAAUGCGUCCAAUGUUAAAAUAAAUCAUUUUUCGAUGUAAACUUACACGAAUCCGCGUAGUUUUAGUGCAAAAUUGUGAUAAAUCUCGCAAAGCUUGCGUUUAACGCAACAUCUGGUUGAAAACCUGUGAAACUGCGAUAAAUUUACAAAAUACCGCUUAGCUGGUACAAAGUCCCCCAUCCAUAUUUUUCAAAAAAAUAAAGGAUUCCGGAGACAUUGCGCGAGUCACAGACUCAAUUUUACAUUAAGUUUUGUUGGUGCGAAAAGUGACAAUGUUUUUACAAUUGGCUAAUAGAGACAUCAGAGGAUAUUGUGAAUGCCGCUUCUUUUCACCUUCACCUUUCGCCUGUAUUGUUUGUAAAUAAUUGCCGGAAUGAAUCCCGAUAUACACAUCAAAACUGAAGUUGUAAGUCAUGUAAAUGGAGAGGAAGGGCUGAUGCACCAGAGUAUACAAUCGGGCCCCAAUCAACCCCCUUCAGUUGACAAUCCUGACAUCCGGUUCAAUCCCGUAACAUUCCACAAUGUCUCGCAACUAGGCAAGUAUUUUGUCUUGACAAACCUCUUUCAACAAGGCUCGAACAUAUAUACAUCGAUACCAAAGCUACAAAAUAUCAAAAGUGACGCCGGUGAUGUCAUUUUAAAUGGUCAAGCUGUCGGUCCAUCUGAGUCGAGUUGCACUGUCAUUGGAGAAGAGACGCUGCCAAUCCACCUACAGCUCGUAGAGUCAAAUGUGCAUUCCAACAAUGAAUCUCACAACACGCAACAACAACAACAACAAAUAACAACUCAAUCAUAUUCAGACACUUAUUCUGAAUCAUUGCAAGUCUUGAAACAUGAUGUAAAGCCGCAAACGAAUUCGAUUGAUGUUCGAAACAGCACUGCAGACAACGACACUAAUACAAAACCAUUGGAAAUGCUUAAAGUCAAUAUCGAUGAUUUUAAUCAAUUUUUGAAUUAUCAUGAGGUCUUCGGGAAACUGACAACUGAUCCUGUUCCUCCCUCUUCGGGUACUUCGGUCACAACUACACAACAACACUUGAGUGACACGCUAGGCACAACAACAGGCUCUGCGAUUGGAGCCAUAUCAGAUAAUGCGUGUGAUUUGUGCGGCAAGUUAUUCCAAUACAAGUAUCAACUUAUCGUCCAUAGACGAUAUCACAACGAACGCAAACCAUUCACGUGCCAAGUUUGUGGAUUAGCUUUUCAAAAUUCGGCCGAAUUGACGUUACACGGAAAAAGCAAACAUGUUGGCGGGUCCAAGAUGUACAUUUGCAACGUUUGCUUUCACGUUUUUCCCAAUGACACAUCCCUUGAACGGCAUAGCAAGCGCCACUCAUCAGAUAAACCGUUCCUUUGUAACAUUUGCAUGAGAACCUUUAAUCGUCGUGAGCACUUGGAAAAUCAUCAGCGGACUCAUACAGGAGAUUGUCCUUUUCGGUGUAGAUUUUGUGGAAAAAAUUUCACAAGAAAAGAACAUAUGGUGAAUCACGAACGAAAGCACACAGGAAAUACACCACACCAUUGCACCCAGUGUAAUAAAUUUUUUACGAGGAAGGAGCAUUUUUCGAAUCAUAUGAUGUGGCAUUCUGGGCAAACUCCGCACAUUUGCACGAUUUGCAACAAGAAAUAUACUCGCAAAGAACAUCUAGCAAACCACUUAAGAAUUCACACCCACGAAACACCAUUCUCCUGCCAAACUUGCGGCAAAAAUUUUACUCGAAAGGAGCACUUUACAAAUCACAUACUUUGGCACACAGGUGAAACACCACAUCGUUGUGACAUUUGUUCAAAAACGUUCACCAGAAAGGAACAUUUAUUAAAUCAUGUCAGGCAACAUACAGGCGAAUCUCCACAUAAAUGCGAUUUUUGUGAAAAGCUUUUUACGCGACGUGAGCAUCUUGUAAAUCAUCGUCGUCAACAUACUGGCGAAACACCAUUUAGCUGCACGUAUUGUCCCAAGGCCUUCUCUCGAAAGGAUCAUUUGGUCAACCACACCAGGCAACACACGGGAGAAAGUCCAUUCAAGUGUGAAUAUUGUCAAAAACAAUUCACUCGUAAGGAACAUUUGGUCAAUCAUAAAAGGCAGCAUACAGGCGAUUCACCGCAUAAAUGCCAGUAUUGUCAGAAACAGUUUACAAGACGCGAACAUUUGAACAAUCAUGUUCGUUUACACACCGGCGAUUCUCCCCAUAAAUGCGAGACAUGCGGAAAAGCUUUUACACGAAAGGAACACUUGACAAAUCAUAUGAAACAACAUAAUGGAAGUACGGAGCACUGUUGUAAUGUUUGUAACAAGCCAUUUACUCGAAAAGAACACUUGAUAAAUCAUAUGAGUCGAUCUCACACUGGCCAGAGACCUUUCAAGUGUGAAGAAUGUGGCAAAACAUUUCCGUUGAAGGGUAACUUACUUUUCCACCAAAGAAGCCACAAUAAAGGGGUGAACGCAGAACGAGCUUUUCGAUGUGACUUGUGUCCAAAGGAUUUCAUUUGUAAAGGUCACUUGGUGUCGCAUCGGCGAGCUCAUUUUGGAGAACGUCCUUAUAAUUGCUCCGAAUGUACUAAAAAGUUUUGCGAAAGAGGCAACAUGAUACGACAUAUGAAAAAACAUCAUCCGAAUAUUCCCCUUCCAAUCAUACCAAAGACCCAUCACUCAAAUAUCAUUAAAGUACAAGUUUCUCAACCAAAUACAUCUAGCAUAGAAAGCACUAGUAUUAAGUCAGAACCAGUGCCAAUGCAACAAACAUCCGUUGUUGUGAACGCAUCAAUUCCUGUUAUUACCUCAUCAAACAAUAUUGAUAAUAAUAGUCAUAAUCAAACAAGUGAUUCAAUCACGACACACGCGAGUAAUGCCAUUCAAACAAUUCAAUACACGCCACACUCACAAAUCCAUCAUCCUCAUCAAAUUCCAUCGAUAGAAACAAUCAGGACGUCGCACAACUUAUUACAACAACACCAUAUGCCGUCAUUGGUAACAUCUCCGCCACACUCAAUCUCUACCGUUCCCACAUCACAACAACAACAGCAAAUACAUGUGAUUCGUGGACCAAAUGACGUACUAAUUUCAUCUACUUCCCAAACUAUUGGAAGACAUGAGCUAACGAUUCCUGUUACAAUUAUCCAAAGUACAUCAAAUGAACAAGUUGAGCAAGAACAACGAUUGCAUAGUAAUGAGGUUGUCUAUUAAAAGAAAAAAUGUGUUCAAAAUAAUUUGAACUGGUACAAUUCGUUAAUUAUAACACGGAAAUGUUUUUUUAAAAUGCAGAAACAAAAAACAAAGAUUGAAGUCUUUCUAAUUAUUCUAAGCGUAAAAUAUUACAAAUUAAGGAAAUAAUAUACAUAUAUAUAAAUAUAUAUUUACUAAUUCUAUUAGAAUAAGCGAUGAAAUUCCUUGAAGAUAUUAUCUAUAUGUUAGGUUAAGGACUUUAAAAGUCAUAAAAAAAAGUUUUUACCAAAUUUUAUUUGUGUGACAUAACAUUAAUCGAUUGAAUUAAAUACAAAAUAAAUUUGUAUAAGCCCAUAAGAUGACAUAACUUAUACAAUUAUACAUGUUAAAUA